AUGUCUUAUCAACGAUACGAGCUUGAAUUUCCGGACGACGACAGCAUCCCGUCGGACAUACAACGCCUGAAGAUAGACUAUAUGAACUGCGGGAACGAGGAGGUCGGGGUUGCAUACUGCCUCGCUCUGUUAAGGGCAGGAGAAGUCGACUACCAGGUGUGGGAGCAACUCACUGCUCUCUUCGAAGAUUUUGUGUUUCAGCGAGAGGUGCUGGAGCAGAGCAAUGUGAGCGAAGCGCUGAAGCCCUGGCUCUCGAAGCUGCGAAGCAUGGCUCAAAAGUGCUGCCGACAGGAGUGCGUGGAGAUCCUCAGCACUGUGAAGUCCAUACUGGACAGCAUGAAGCCGAAGCUGGCGGAGAAUUCAAGAUUCCUUCCGGAGCGUCCAUCUCAAAGCAGAGGCUACAAGCGCAAACGCCUUAACGGCCCGCAUGCCCCCCAAAAGAAAUCCAAGAGGCCGCCCCUGAACCCCAACACGCACGAUCAGGACCUGUCGGACGUGAGCCAAGAGUCGACGGAGGAGCAAACAAGCACGAUGCAGGAGAUCGCCCGUCGGGGUCAGAAGCGAUGGGCGGAGAAGCUCAAGAAGCUCAAGGAGCGCUGGGCCAAGCUGCAGGUGGUUUCCGCCAACCCCACCUUCGACAAGCAGAUCAGCUACUGCAAGGCGAUGAAGCUGAAGAAGCAGAAGGAAGCGCUCCUCCUCUAUUUUCAGAUGUCCGCCAAGGAACAGCUCAUCGUGCCCCUGGACUUUCUCGAGACCGACUCGGACUGCGAGGAUGUUUCCAACGAGAGGAGGUUCGAGGCCGUUGGAGGACGAGACAGCAAGUCGUUCGUGGGAUGGGUUGGUUUCCAGAUCCUCCCAGCGCAAGCCAACAAGUUUCUCAAGGGGCUCGAGCUCCUGCUGCAGCAGGCGGAGUGGACCCAGGAGGACUUUGAGCAGAUCAGGGAGAGGAGCCAGAGCUGCCCCGACAGCUUCCUCUCCUCCAACUCCUUCCACAAUGUCUUCCGGAGGAUCGGGUUUGCGCCUGCGGAGGCCGGGAGAUGGAUGGAGGCGUUCAUGGGCUCGAUUCCAAUCAUUCAUCAUUCAGUGUCCAAGUCCCAGGAGACCAAGAACAUCUGCUCGUGA